UGUAAGACGUAAAGAAUCCAUCUCGUGACUCCGUUGUCUGUACCCGUGUAGAAAUGAUACUUUGCACUAAAGUCAAUCUGCUUACUUUCUAGUUUGACGUAUCGGUUUGACUUGCAAGGUUUGUUGUGCCGAAUGCGUGUCAUGGUGACAUAGGGGCGGGUCUUUGCUUUCAGUUUAGUGGUGUUCAUGGCAACGGACCCCGUUGAAUUCUGGCCAUCCUGCCCGCGAACCUUUUCAUAUUCAGGUACGAUGCUCGGUUGGUCUCUCAGAUCAGCCAGCAGCGGCCAGGCGGCUCGGUGUUUCUCGACAAUUGUUGUUGAGCAAGUCUUUCUGGACUCAGCCGACUCGGAUUGAAGCGCUAAAUUGAGCUGCAUUCAAAGACUUCCCCCGGGACCACUUGACUUCAACCAGCUCACGGAUGGGACCGCAGGAGCAAGCCUGCAACAUUUCCUCACCACAGCGUUGAGUCACCCAAAAAAAGUGGCAAGUGAAUGGAGUCGGGCAAGAACACCAAAACGGGCGUUCUCUCAUGGACUCCCGCUCCCAAGUGCGUCUCACCCGCCACUUCUGAAACGUCGGAAGAUGCGUGGGAUGAGGAGGAAGAACAAGAUGACGACUUUUACGCUCAGAUGGAGGAGAAUGGCAUCAUUGGGUUGACACUGGUGGAUGACCCGCGCGAUGCAGAAUGUAACGGAACCUCAUCUCGUGGACCCGCCACCCCGGAAGGUCUCGCUAUCUGCGUGGUACCGGAUAUGCCACCUGAUGAGCUCUGCUCCACCCUCGAUGAACAUCUUGAAGAUGUACUGUCACCCUUCUGUGAUGACGUUUGCGUCUUAAAAGAACGAGGACAUCAUCAGGCCAAGGCAAACGAGAGGGAGACACCAAAAGGGCGGAAGACGGAGCAGCGCUUCUCCGAGCGGGACUCGCAAUUUGACACGGCUCAGGGGGAGAGAGAUGGAACAGAAGGUGAGUGGACUUUGCGAAACGGACCCGUCAACAAUAGCAAAGAGUCAGAAAGGAGCAGUGAGCGCCAAUUUUGUGAGUCUCCAUCCUUGAUAGUGGAAGCCAAUGGAGAUUGCAAACCUCGGUGUCCAACACAGCGGGCUUCUUCUCGUCCAACGCUUCCCAUGUUCUCUCACCUGUGCCGUUUUACUUUGGAGGAAAUGGCCGCUGCUCCAGGGAUCGCGAGUGAAACCGUUCCAGACAUGUGCUUUACGGACUUUCCAGACACUCACAGCCUCAUGAGCUGCGUGUCCAGCCUUCACCACCAAGAAAGCUCUGAAGAAGAAGAAGACCAAGAAGAUGCUCUCUCUGCUCAACCACAGAGCAGUGAGAAUUCACAGACUGGUCUUAAAAAACCCGCCCCCUCACCGGGGCCACGGUCGCAGCCCCGUCAUGACGCGGCACUUCCACGGACCAGUUCUCACGACAAACCAAAGGAAGAUUGCCAUCACGCUCUCAGAAGAGCGGACGAAUGCAGAAAAGCCUACCCAAAUCACGGGGUUCCAGAUUUGUCCAAAGUAAAGCCGAGAGUGUCUUUCCCGAAAGGGGAUUACAAGCCUCCCAAGAGCAGAUGGUCUUCCAAGAAUCCUCCCAAGUCCCUGACGCCGGAGGCCCCCGUUGUCUUUAAAUCUCCCGCUGACAUUGUUAAAGAAGUUCUGUUGAACACGACCGACGGACCUCAGCCGCCAUUAGACUUGAACAAAAGAGCAUCCGCCGGCACUGUGCCUCAGGAGUUCCUGUCCCAGCAGAAGGCCGGUAUCCUGCUGGAUCAGCUCCAGGAGGACCAUGGCAGACUGCUGACCAAGUACGCUGAAGCGGCCAACACAAUCGAUCGCCUGCGGCUGGAAGCCAAGGUGAACCUGUACUCUGAGCAGCAAAUGCCCGCUCACGCCGUGCCAUCGGGACAACACGCCGAGCCUUCAAAGUUCAUGCGGCUGGACUUUCCUCAAGCUCAGAAAGCGCAGCCCGGCGCCGUUUCUCCUCCGCCGAGUGGACCCAGCACGCACAUCAGAGCUUCCUCCAGCCUAUUUUUAUCUUCCUCCAUUUCAAAGAGUUUGGAGUCGCCAGGCAAUCGCAGGGUGGCAAAUGCGCUCUUCGCACAGGCCGACAAGUUCCUCCAGCAGCUCCAACAUUUUGAGGAAUUUCUGAAGAGCAAAAUGCCUUUCCAAAUGGUGAAGGGACUUGCACAACUUUAUCAAGGACUGGACUCUUUGGAAAAGGGCUACCUGGCAGCCAGGAAAGAACACAAAGUCCAACAGCAGCAAGGGGCAGAGCACAGCCACUUUGACCCCAAUCGCGAGCUGGAGGAGUUCAUUUACCAAUGUGGGCGGCAUAUGGACGAGCUGAAAGAGAGGGUGGAUCGCAAUUCCCGCGCUGCUGAUUCGGCUCGUUCUCUUUCACCUGAAGCCCCAAAAUCCCCUGCGUGUGACGAUUCUCACGUUGAGAGUCAACAUACACCUUUGUCGCUUGAUUCAGUCGAGCUUCCCAACAAGGAAGUUGGGCCGGGCAACGUGAAUUCUUCCCACUUCAAGAAAAGAUGCGAUGAACAAGCCACAGACGUCGAUCAGAGUGCAACCGCGCGUCUCACGCCAACUCCUGCGAGCAGCAGGAGGAGGAAGGAGGUUCGGAAGUCCUACAGCAGCAGUCAGUGCAGUCUGGCAGAAAUCAGCGCGUCAGAGAAGAGAAGCGCCAAUCUGCAAACCGGAAUGAGGAGAGUGCUUUCUCAGGACGGGGGCAUUUCUCCAGGAACCGACAGCGGCUUUGUUGGUUCUGAGUGCAGUCAUCAGAUUUGGGCUGCAACUCACGACCCUUGCCAGCAGAGAGCCUCAAAGCGUGUUUCAGGGCCUGCAGAAGUCAGCUCAGUCAAGCCUCAGACCAUCCGAACCUCCACACCAUCUCGGGACUCCUCGCAAUCGCACAGGCGCACGUCACGCGAACCCAAUGAAUAUUUCCAACAGGCGAUGAGGGGAUCCUGUCCGGGGGAGCGCACGCAAAGGCAGCGGGUCCAUCAUCAGACGGACUCAAUCAGGACCGACAGUGAAAUAACCCAUCCUGUGUCUGACGACAUACAAAGUGAUCAGUAUGAAGAAACCCUCCUCCCCUGUUCCUCCCCAAGCUCCUCCUGCUCCACUGUCCGUCAUCACCAUAGCGACUCUCUGAAAACGCUGAGGUCCAGUGAGAGGGUGACUUGCAAUGAGUCCAGCCUGGCUUCGCAGUCCUUCAAGUCCAACGCGCCAGCACGCAUAGGGGAGAGUCCCACCUCGAAGCCCCUUUCUGGAACUAAUUCCACUCCAGGGAACAGUACGCAACACAGAACCUCACAUGCCCUCAGGUGUCGAGACCACUCGAGCGAUGUCAGUAGAAGCAGCAGGAAGAAAUGGUCCAUCGAUGGCAAUGAGGUGGAGAAGGUGACGAGACGCACAGCCAGAAAAAGAUUGACCCACAAACAACAAACACGACGUGACACAACAACUGCGACAGAGGACGAAAAUGCUGCUCAGCGACUUCUGGUGUCAAGAUCCACCCAAACAUCUAUUGCAGCAACUGACAUCCAACUUUCAUACGCAAGUGACCAAGUCCAGCACAUAAAGCGGGAUAAUGCCGAGCGCGCAGACGACAACGAUGGCCGGACAAGCGGAGUGCUUCCUUGUUCUCAGUGUUUGUCACAUCACAAAGUGUCUCCUGAAACAGGUGGCCACCGAGAGCCCGCCCAGUUCUGUUCCUGUCAUUGUCAUCGCUGUCACCAUUGUAGACAUUCUGAAACCAAGACAGCCAAUGAGCAAGACUGUUGCAGAGACUCAAACACCUCCAAGAUCUCCAGCUGCACAACAUCGGAGUCUCCCAACAAAGCGGCACCACCUGCCGUCUGCCCGUCAUUGUGUCCUACACCGUUACUCCUGUAUCUCCAACCUCAACCCGUCCACGUGUGCACCAACAACACGGGCUCUCCCUCAAAGGUGGACAGUAGCAAAGAAGAGGAGAGGUUGCGCCCCUCGCCGUGCGUUGUUCCGGAACGCUCUGUGGAUGACGCCCUCCUUGCUGCGCAGAAGAUAAAAGACGUGUCAAAACGCAUGGUGCGUUCACUGACAGCAGGCAUGCGCUCGCUGGAGCGACUCUCCAAGUCCCGCUCCAAUUCCAACUCGGACUGACUAGUUCCCAGAGCACGCCUGGUGCAGGCGCAGUGACUUCUCACAAAACGUUUUACACGAUAUAGCAGCAGUAUAAAGGUUAAACAAUUUGUGAAAUACGGAUUGUUGUGUGAUCAAUAUUGUACAGUGAGGUUAUUUAGCAAAGUUGUGUAAAUGAAGAUGACGCCCAUAAGUUUACGUUGGCCAGAAAACUAAAGUACCAUCCAAGUAUGAAUACCCUUUACUUUUACACGAGCUAUUCUUGUAUUCUAUCUGUCUACGAGUACUCUCUGUUAAAUUAUAAAUUAAAACAAUAUGUUUUAACACUU